AUGCUUGCUACGGGCCAAUCCUCGCUUAGAAACGGGUUGGACCCACCAUUGAGGAGCCAGUUCAACAUUUUGUCCAGUGAGGAGAUUGCCAAAAAUCCUCUCUUACCAUGCCUCGUCUACGACGCCGUCUACAUUCUCAGGUUAAUUGUUCGCUUACCCGCCCUCAUCAAUCAAAUGUCACUGACAAAGUGCCGUCGAUCAAUUGUGCUGCGCCAUCUCUACCUCUUCAUUGCCUACCUCGACGAGACACGCGAAUUCUGGUUCACUUCUACACGCCCAGCUCUGGCCGCACCCGUCCUCUCCUCUGCAUCCACGUCCACAUCUACUGAUGCUACGACCAUUCCCCACGGUGUGAAGCGUAUGGAACCGCGCUCCGGGCCCUCCACCGCUAAUGCCAUCAACACUGGUGCUACUUCUCCGGCAAUUUGCAGUGUGCCCAAGAAGCGACGCAGGACUAUGAGCUCUGAGCCUGUAUCCAAGACGUCAAUGCCACCUCCAUCAUCACCACCACCGCCUUCGUUGUCAUCACUCACCUCUAGUGAGUUAUCGCUUGGACGUUUGGGGUUAAGUGUCCUGUUAUCAUCUUAG